CCGCCUAGCAAAGAGUUGCCGUAUCGCCGCCUAUUCACCAUUCGAAUUAAACAAUCAAUUUGCACAAUCUAAGCAUUUUCUCUUUCAAAUGAAUGAUCCAUCCACCACGCUCCUGGCCGGCGACCCCGAAGAUCUACGGGAGGCUCGCAGCACCGAGCUGAAAAAGGUGCUUAAGCUGAAAAUAGUGCUGGACGAGCUGCGUCGCCUGGAUUUGAGGCCAAAUCAGAGCCCGGAAAUAAAAAGAGCCCUCAAAUUGGUUUCCAUUGGGAACUAUGCACAACUUGGCGAUACCGAAGGCGGUGGUCAGGAGCAAUUACUGGGCCUGCAGAAUGGCAGCAGUUUUCCGCCCUUAAGUUAUACGGAUCGAAAGACGGUGAGGAGCAAACUCUCUGCUCAGCUCCGUUCUAGAUUGCAACCCAUUGCUGAGUUGUGCGACAGGAUGCGCGAGGAAUUUCCUGAUGCCUUUGGCCACGAGGUGAAGUUAAGUUGCGACCAAAAGGAGAUCCUGAGGAUGGAGCAGGAGUACCGAAGCGGGCUGGAGAAAUUGGUAGCGCUUCAAGGACGCAAGUGUAUGCUGCUCAAAGAAACGGCUGAACUUAAAUUGGGCCCGCAGUUGGCCAACGAACUAAAAUUACAACAAGCGCAGGCGCAACUCGUACAAACAAAAGCAGAACUUCUGCGAGGUUUCUUCGUCCACGAAGCCGCUACCCGGUCCGAGCACAGUGUCAAGGCCCACAAGGAGGUUGAAGCGCAUCUGGACGAGCUUCUCGCCGCUAAGAAAUAGAUUAAGCAAAUUAUAACCAUGCACCAUAACAUAUUAGGUUUAAAUACAGUAGAAUUUAUAGCAAGA